ACCUAAUAUUAUGCGUUUGGAUGCACCAAUUCUUAUGAAAUUUCAUGAUCAAUCAGUCUAAUUCGGUGCAAAAUUUCACGACAUUUGGUGCAACCAAAGAAACCCUAAAAAAAUCAUGAAUUCUCGUUUCUUUUCCUUUCUCUGCUUUCGGUUUUCAAAUUCCUCCCCUAUCAUUUUUAGGGAUAGAUGUUUGCCAUGACAACACGCAUCUACAGCCCUGCUCAUUUGGCACGUGUGUUCAAGAUCCGGGAUUUCCUUGAGAUGGGCUACUUUGCUGAGAUCAUCUGUUCUGAAAAUCAGGUAGGUCGGCCAGAGUGUAAGAAAGAAACGGAAGUCCUAUAAGGCAUCUUCUUCCUAGCCGUCCAUUUGUUUUGCAUGCCUUGGCCCACCUUUUGAGUGAACUGAGCCUGAUUUUUUUUUUUUGGCGGGGGGGGGGGGGGAGUUGAUCUAGACAUUGUGGCCCACAUCAUGGAAUGCUCGGAUCUUGCUUACAUGUGACAGAUUGCGAUGCAUGCUGGCUUGUAGAUAAGCAGGGCUAUACAUGCGUGUGGAUGAGAUUCAUCGUCUUCUUUUGUUCUUAAGAGAAGUUUUUGAGCUGGCGGCUGUGCUGAUCUGUGCCGGAGUAUCUGGGGCAUUGCUAACAUGCGCAGUGAGCCUGUGGCAUAUUGUUCCAGAGCUCGCUGGAUGUGAGCCUUUGGAUGCGUUGACCUUUUUUCUUUCCUCUUUCGGUCAGGCCUGAGCUUGGAUGGCGUGGCUUGGCUUGUUAUAAUUUUAUGCCCUUCUCUGCGACCUGAGUUAUGUUCCAUUUUCCUUGCAAAUGGAUAUCGACGAACUCUUCAGCGAAUUCCAGUCUGUGAGUCUCCCAACCAAGUGCGCGAUUUACGUGUGGGGCUAUAACCAAUGUGGGCAAACAGGUCGGAAGGGAAAGGAAUGCCAUUUGAGGAUCCCGAAGCGUCUCCCUCCUGAGCUCUUCAAGUGCUCGGGAGGGGCGAAUUCACGGUGGUUGGACAUUGCUUGUGGCCGCGAGCAUACCGCAGCUGUGGCCUCUGAUGGGUUGCUCUUCUUGUGGGGCUCCAAUGACUUUGGCCAGUUGGGAGAUGGAACUGAAGAGGGUAGGAAAUACCCCCAAAAAGUAAAGCUAUUAGAAACAGAAUUUGUGAAAUCAGUUUCUUGUGGAGCACACUGUACAGCUGCCAUUGCAGAACCUCGUGAAAAUGAUGGAAAUGUAUCCACCAGUAGAAUUUGGGUUUGGGGGCAAAAUCAGGGAUCCAAUUAUCCGCACCUUUUUUGGGGAGCCUUUACUCCAAACACGAUUGUCCGCCAAGUCUCUUGUGGGGCAGUUCAUGUGAUGGCUCUAUCAGAUGAUGGCUUACUACAGGCAUGGGGCUAUAAUGAGUGUGGUCAGCUUGGCAGAGGUUUUACUUGCGAAGGACUGCAAGGAGCUCGCAUUUUAAAUGCCUAUGUGAGGUUCCUUGAUGAAGCCCCUGAGCUUGUGAAGAUUACCCAAGUGUCAUGCGGGGAGUACCACUCGGCAGCCAUAUCAGAAAGUGGCGAGGUAUAUACUUGGGGGCUAGGAAGUAUGGGUCAGCUUGGGCAUUGCUCUCUUCAGUCUGCUGAUAAAGAGUUGUUGCCUAGGCGAGUGGUUGCCCUUGAUGGGAUGGUCGUGAAGGACAUUGCAUGUGGUGGUGUGCAUACAUGUGCUGUAACUGUAAAAGGAGCAUUAUAUGCUUGGGGUGGUGGGCAAGCAGGGCAAUUAGGGCUUGGUCCCCAAAAUGGAUUCUUUUCAUGCACUCCUAAUGAGUCAGAUAUGCUGCUUCGGAAUAUCCCCAACUUGGUCGUACCGGCUGGUGUGCAACUCGUCGCAUGCGGACAUUCUCACACUCUUGUUUCCAUGAAAGAUGGAAGGAUUCGUGGGUGGGGUUAUAAUAGCUAUGGUCAGGCAGCUAAUGAAAAAUCUACAUACGCUUGGUACCCGUCACCUAUUGAUUGGUGCGUUGGGGAAGUGCGGAAACUGGCAGCUGGUGGCGGUCAUUCAGCUGUAUUAACUGAUGCAUACUCUUUGAAGGAGUUAUGUGAAUUCAGGCUUGCUGACAGCGUGACUAUAUCUAAUGCUUCGGAGAUUGAAGAUGUUGCAUACAGAACUGGAUCAGAUGCCUUGGUCCGCCUCUGUGAAAGAUUGAGCAAUUUUCCUCUCUUCAGCAGAAUUUCAGAAUCUGGCCCUGCAGGAGGGCUGAAACUUCGGCAAAGCACCAUGCCCAGACCGUACAUCGGAUCGACUUGAAACUUGGAGGUUUUGAAGCUCAGCGCUGGCCGACCAGACCUAAGAGGGGGUUUUUUGGAUUCGUGGGCCCCACACACGUGCGGCCAACCAUCACCGCACGUGCGUCAGGCCCAACCUGUUGUCCACAUGCGCGGGUUGGUUACAGGGAACAUUUGCUUGAUGGAGGUGGCAACUGCGAUUGCGAGGAGGAAGAGGAGGUUAGCAGGGAGAUGAUGAUGUGAGAUGAGUAGCUGCACCCUUGAUUUUUAUUUUUUUCUUUUUAAAUAUAUUCAGUGCCCCAUCUGCACAUUGCAGGUUAAGGGAAAAAAAUCAUCAUUCAGUGUCUCUGUUUUAUUAGUAGGUCUAGUGUUUCACAACUCUUCUUUGUAACUGAAAAAAAGAAAAGAAAAAGAAACAAACAUAAACAGUCAAACAGCUGUUGUAUUCAUAAACCAUUUGCUAAACCCAAUUUGUAAUCUACUAUCCGCAUAGGGGUAGUAAGACUUGAGGUGCAGCAUUGUUUUUUAUGUUUCAA